CAAAUGAGACUUGGGCGAUGCUGAGAGAACAGCGUGUUGCAUGGCGUGUGUGUGUGUGUCUGUGCUUUCAUGCGCGGGGGUAGGAUACUCAGUUCUCAGCAUUUGCCUGUGAUCAGAAGAAAACAGGAUGUGCCCGUAGCUGGAGGAGUGACAAUGCUAGCCGAGCGGGGCUCACCUGCUGGUGAUCUUUGCAGAGGCAUUUGAGGAUUAUUCAGCUCCAGAAGGUCUGCGCGAGGAAUGCUAUCUCUGCUGUGGCUGAAAAUAGGAGGAGGUGCCUACCCCUAUCUGCCUUGAUUAUUGCCACCGAAAGGACCGCUUUGCCUCCACCGUAGGAAGAGGCGAUUGCUACCACGGACAAGGUUAUGAGGAUUAUGAUCACAUGUCCAGCCCUGCAUAUCUGUCCACUUGGAGAUGAUGGUGAUUCCUUAGAGUGCAAACUCCUGGCUAACAAUCAGCUUUCUGCUCCUUUCAUCCAAAAGAUUUGAUAACUGCUUUUUACCAGCUCUCCGUUUUUUGUUCCAUCAUGUUAUCUCUACCAGCUUAAACCGUUUCCUAAAAUGGUCCUUUUGCUGUUCCUUGCAAUCCUGUUAUUGAAGGAAGAUGUCAGUGGGAACUUCAGGCUUUUGGUUUCUGCACAGUCCAAUGAAAGAAGGGUGGUUGCACACAUGCCUGGUGAUAUUAUCAUUGGAGCCCUAUUCUCCGUCCACCAUCAACCAACUGUUGACAAGGUUCAUGAGAGGAAAUGUGGAGAGGUAAGAGAACAAUAUGGCAUUCAGAGAGUGGAGGCAAUGCUGCAUACCCUUGACAGAAUUAAUUUGGACCCCACACUGUUGCCAAAUAUAACUCUAGGAUGUGAAAUAAGGGACUCCUGCUGGCAUUCUGCUGUGGCUCUGGAGCAGAGCAUUGAGUUUAUAAGGGACUCUCUUAUUUCUUCAGAAGAGGAGGAAGGGUUGGUGCGAUGUGUGGAUGGAUCUUCAUCAUCUUUCCGCUCCAAGAAACCCAUUGUUGGGGUCAUUGGACCUGGCUCGAGCUCAGUUGCUAUCCAGGUCCAGAACUUGUUGCAGCUUUUCAAUAUACCUCAGAUUGCUUAUUCUGCCACAAGCAUGGACUUAAGCGACAAAACCCUGUUCAAGUAUUUUAUGAGAGUUGUGCCAUCUGAUGCACAGCAAGCACGGGCUAUGGUGGACAUUGUCAAGCGCUAUAACUGGACCUAUGUUUCUGCUGUACAUACUGAAGGAAACUAUGGUGAAAGUGGAAUGGAAGCUUUCAAAGACAUGUCAGCCAAGGAAGGGAUCUGCAUUGCACACUCCUACAAGAUCUACAGCAAUGCUGGUGAACAGAGCUUUGACAAGCUGCUGCGAAAGCUACGGAGCCAUCUGCCCAAGGCGAGAGUGGUCGCCUGCUUCUGCGAAGGCAUGACUGUGAGAGGGCUGUUAAUGGCUAUGAGGCGCCUGGGACUUGCUGGAGAAUUUUUGCUGCUAGGCAGUGAUGGCUGGGCAGACCGGUACGAUGUGACAGACGGGUAUCAGCGUGAAGCUGUCGGUGGAAUAACGAUCAAGCUCCAAUCUCCUGACGUGAAAUGGUUUGAUGAUUAUUACCUACAGCUUCGGCCAGAAACCAAUCACCGAAAUCCAUGGUUUCAGGAAUUUUGGCAGCACAGGUUCCAGUGCCGACUGGAAGGGUUUCCUCAGGAGAAUCCUAAAUACAACAAGACUUGUACAAGCCAGAUGACCCUGAGGACGCAGCACGUGCAGGACUCCAAAAUGGGCUUUGUAAUCAACGCAAUAUAUUCCAUGGCGUACGGCCUCCACAACAUGCAGAUGUCGCUGUGCCCCGGCUACGUGGGCCUCUGCGACGCCAUGAAGCCCAUAGACGGUCGCAAGCUCCUGGAAUCCCUCAUGAAGACGAAUUUUACUGGGGUCUCUGGGGACAUGAUCCUAUUUGACGAGAACGGCGACUCGCCGGGAAGGUAUGAAAUCAUGAAUUUUAAGAAAAUGGGGAAGGACUACUUUGACUAUAUCAAUGUUGGCAGCUGGGACAAUGGUGAGCUGAAAAUGGAUGAUGAUGAAAUAUGGUCAGAGAAAAAUAAUAUCAUCAGAUCAGUCUGCAGUGAGCCAUGUGAAAAAGGCCAGAUAAAGGUGAUCCGUAAAGGAGAAGUCAGUUGUUGUUGGACCUGCACGCCUUGUAAAGAGAAUGAAUAUGUCUCUGAUGAAUACACAUGCAAGGCCUGCCAGCUCGGCUCCUGGCCCAAUGAUGACCUUACAGGCUGCGAUCUCAUCCCAGUCCAGUAUCUCAGAUGGGGUGAUCCUGAACCAAUUGCAGCAGUUGUUUUUGCAUGCCUAGGUCUGCUGGCCACCUUGUUUGUUACAGCUAUAUUCAUAAUGUACCGUGAUACUCCAGUGGUCAAAUCAUCCAGCCGAGAACUCUGCUACAUCAUUCUAGCUGGCAUCUGCUUGGGCUACUUGUGCACUUUCUGUCUCAUCGCAAAACCUCAACAGAUUUACUGUUACCUUCAACGAAUUGGCAUUGGUCUCUCCCCAGCUAUGAGUUACUCUGCUCUAGUAACUAAAACCAACCGCAUUGCAAGAAUCCUGGCUGGCAGCAAGAAGAAAAUUUGUACAAAGAAACCUAGGUUCAUGAGUGCCUGUGCCCAACUGGUUAUUGCAUUUAUCUUGAUAUGUAUCCAAUUAGGCAUAAUUGUUGCUCUCUUUAUAAUGGAGCCACCAGAUAUAAUGCAUGAUUACCCAAGCAUCCGAGAGGUCUACCUGAUUUGUAACACCACCAACCUAGGUGUUGUAACUCCCCUUGGAUAUAAUGGAUUAUUAAUUUUGAGUUGCACCUUUUAUGCAUUUAAGACAAGAAAUGUCCCCGCUAAUUUCAAUGAAGCAAAGUAUAUUGCCUUUACAAUGUAUACCACCUGCAUCAUUUGGCUGGCUUUUGUGCCAAUCUAUUUCGGAAGCAACUACAAGAUAAUCACCAUGUGUUUCUCAGUGAGCCUGAGCGCCACGGUGGCCCUUGGCUGUAUGUUUGUGCCCAAGGUCUAUAUCAUCCUUGCUAAGCCAGAAAGGAACGUACGGAGCGCGUUCACCACAUCGACUGUGGUCCGCAUGCACGUAGGGGAUGGAAAAUCAUCUUCGGCUGCAAGCCGCUCAAGCAGCCUGGUGAACCUGUGGAAAAGAAGGGGAUCAUCUGGUGAAACCCUUAGGUACAAAGGCAGGCGACUGGCCCAGCACAAGUCGGAAAUAGAGUGUUUCACCCCAAAAGGGAGUAUGGGGAAUGGUGGUAGAGCUACAAUGACCAGUGAAGAAUCUGUUUGCAUUCCAGAGUGUAAUCGAUCUGAGUCAAGUAGAGAUGAGAAAGAGAUCCCCGUUAAAGAGGAUGCCUUAACAGUCAAAAAGACUGGAAACUGUGUCAAUGUAAUAGUUCCACAACCAGACUGUCAGCCGCAAGACCUACUCAAACACUCUAAUGGGAAAUCAGUUUCCUGGGCCCAGAAUGAGAAGAGCAGCAGAGGAGCACACCUUUGGCAGCGGUUAUCAAUCCACAUCAACAAAAAAGAGAACCCCAAUCAGACUGCAGUGAUCAAGCCUUUUUCUAAAAGCACAGAUAGUAGCCGACACAGUAGCAGUGCUACAAUUCCUGAGACCAGUGCCAAAACGCUUUACGAUGUUUCAGAAGCAGAAGAGCAACACCCAGCUCAGUAUCGACCACAGACUCCCUCACCUAUCAGCAUUGUGAGUCACCGAACUGCCUCCGUUAGCCGAACAGAAGAUGAUGUCCCUACCUUCCAGACAGAGCAUGCCCAGAGAAGUAGCUCCUCUCAAGGGUCUCUCAUGGAGCAGAUCAGCAGCGUGGUUACUCGCUUUACAGCCAACAUCAGUGAGCUGAACUCUAUGAUGCUUUCAACAACCACUCCAGGGACAAUGGUGGCCACUCCUCUCUGCUCUUCAUACCUGAUCCCAAGGGAAAUCCAGCUCCCUACAACAAUGACCACAUUUGCAGAGAUCCAACCACUUCCUGCCAUUGAAGUCAAUGGCGCUUCGCAGUCGGCGAGGAAACCUUCAAGUGACAGUGUCAAAGAAGGCACUUCAGAGACCCCCACGGCAAAGCAAGACCUUGAGGAGCUGGUAGCUUUAACUCCUCCUUCUCCUUUUAGAGACUCCAUUGACUCUGGAAGUGCAUCUCCCAGUUCUCCAGUUUCUGAAUCAGCUCUCUGUAUCCCGUCCUCCCCAAAGUAUGACACACUCCUCAUCAGAGAUUAUACUCAAAGUUCUUCUUCGCUGUGAAUGUAGUUCAAGGCAACAUUGGAUCUCAACGGCUACAAGCAAGUAGUGAGGGGACAGCCGAGCCUUCAAGAUCUCCGGUGUUUACGCAGAUAGAUGAAGAGGCAUUGGGUCAUCUUGUGAGAAACAAAGAGUAAGAAGUGGAAUUACUUCAUGAGUGGAAACAUCAGAAUUAUGCUGUUUUAAGACAAAAUGACUCUUGGCAGAUUUUUGUGGCCUUAAAAAAACAUGGGCUUUUCAGAAACACUGCAUCUAUUUUCGAGGGCUUAUAAGGAGUCUGUUAAAUCAGUUACAUACCAAGUGCUUUGCUUUAGUAUUACAAUGAACCGUGUGUACAAUAUAUGGGGGCGGGGGGGGAAAUAGAUUGUAAACAACUGUACAAUGGUUUGUUUGUUUACUCUGAUUCCUUACCCAGAAGUGAACCUUGAUCUUUUAUCAAGAAUAGAAGACCAAACAUUGAAUGUACAUUUUCUAACAGACUCAAAUCUGGGGACCAACCUAUCAAGCUUUCUUUCUUUCUUUCUUUCUUUUUUCUAUGAAGAUCUCAAAAAACAGUAAUGUAUGUUAAAUAACAACCAAACUUUCUGCUGAAGCAUAUUGUGUCCGUGAUACGUUAUACGUGGAGAACACUAAGCUGAGGCUUUGCAGUGAGUGACUGCAAUAUGGAGGGCUUUACAAGUGACUUCUCAACCUACGCAUUUGUUUAUGAAAUUCUCUUCUAUUGGUAUCAGAAAUUCAAUUUGUUAACAUUGGAUUCACCUUCACAGCAACAAAACCCAAGGAAGAUUUCCUGACUAUUUCACCAUGUUGCCAACUAAUAACGAAGUAGCAAAAAAUAUUUUCUGGAGUACUGUUUUGUAAUUCCCUUAUCAGGGCAAGUUAUUGAGGUGAAUAUUCUCUUUCUAGCAGCACUACCAAGCUAUAUUAUAGCUGCACUCCCUACUGAAAUUAACACAUUUUUAUGGACGUUCUUAUGCUAACAUUGCCAGUUAAAAUACUUAUCCGGCACCCAUAACCUUUGCUUGUGAGGAACAGGUAAACACUCUAAGGAUUUUCUCCUUUCUUUGAAAUAUAGAAUUCUAAGAAAGCAGUUUGGAUUAUGAUGAAUGCUAACUGUCAAUUAAAAGAUUGUCAUAAUCAUAGUUCAUAUAUAGGGAAAAAGAACUGUUAAAAAUCUGCUUAGAGGUGGUUUAGCUACUCUUUAAUAAGCAACAAUUUUAACUUUAUUUAGCUGCUAUGUCUUGCAGCUAUGAACUGUGACAAAAAAAAGACUUUUGAAGCAAUACAGAGUAAAGAUUUAAACAGAGAAGACCUAAUGAGAUUUGAACCAACAGAGUCUUUCUUUGUUUCUUAGCAGCUCCUAGAAUAGGCAAGGGGAUUACUGAUAUUUUUUUCCUAUAUCAAAAUAGUACAGUUUAGUGCACUUCAUAUCAUCAUGGCACUUUUUUAAUACAGGCAGGGAAGAGAUUUAAAGUUUGAAUAGAAGCUAAAUAAUUUUUGAUAGGUAUAGUUAUGUAGAACUCCUAAGUCAGGCCCUAAACGCACAUUGUAUUGGCUCUCUCCUUCAUCACAUAGCUAUCCUCAGGUGCCAAACUUUUGCAGGUUUGUUUUAUUUUAUUUAAGGAUAGUAUGAAGUGGUGAGUGAUGUACUUCCAUUCAAAGCUGAGUUGAUGCAGCCUUAUACAGAAGACAGCCUUAUGGAAGGGAGCCUUGAAAUAAGGCUACUAUUUUUCAUUUUUAACCCCCUAGAUCUUAUUUCUUCAAAGAUUAUAAACAUCUUGCAAUCAAAAAUCAUGCUCCUUUUUUCUCUCCCAUGUACAAGGCGACAAAUAUUUGAUCAAAAAAAAAAAAAAAGACAAAAAAGAUGAAAGCACAUUCACUUAUUUUAGCAAAGAACAUUCCCUAUUUUUUUUGGAAGCUAGUUUCCCAUUAUGUUAUGUGCUGCACCCCAAUUUGCUGUUCAACAACAUUAAAACAAUUAUGGCAGUGUUAUCCAACAGCAGUGUAUGGGCAUGUGUACUCUGCCAGGUACAGUCGCUUACUAGCUGUGCCUACAGCCUGAGCUGGCAGGUCAUAAGUCAGCGCUACUCCAGAAGGCAGUUAGAUACAGUAAGUCAUGACUGUAAGUCCUUGUUACUUAUAUGUCAUUCCUGCCUCUUUGCAGGACUGAUUAGCACAGAUUCAGUUCUGUGCAGCUUUAGUUUCCGGAGCAGAGCUUGUUUUUACUCUCCUGGUUCACAGUACUAGGAUGUCUCAUCAUUCGUUAGCUGCCCGUGUCAUUAAGAGAAAGCAUCUUCUUUCACAAGUUACAACCCACGUUUAAGGAAGGGCCGUGUCCAAUCAGUGUAUGAUACAAACAUUCUCAUUUAGGGAGCCUUGACCCCUUAAAGAUUGCUCAUGGAAGAUUUCUAUGACAACGUUUCCCAUCAGUGUAAUGUUAUUUUGAUUCAUACAGACUGAGUAGAUAAUUAGUGUGCAUUUCAAAGGGAUUCUAUUACUGUCAGCUCUCUUAUACUUUAAGUCAUUGAUCGAUAUCAUUAUUAGAUCCUUCUCUACCCCAGACUUUCCUUAGCCUUCUAGGUCCCCAUUUCUGUAGUCAUUCCUUAUGUUGAGGGACUGUUAAACAAGCAUGUCUGCUAAGAGCUGUGGGCUUCACUGCACUGAGAAAUAAUAACAGUGGAAAUAAAGAUUAUACAGGUAGACUUAAAAAUCUUAUGUUGAAAAUAAAAUGCAUAAAAAGAAGUGUGAUGUAGAAACUAUCAGAUCAUGAUUCUGCAUAAAUACACCCCUUCUGGUCCUAAAUUGCAAUUCUGCACAAUCCUGGCCAUAGCUACUGUUUAGAGUUUCUUGACAACUUUUGUAUAUACUGCUGAGAUCAUAUAUUUGUGUGUAUGUGCAUAGUGCAUACACACACACAAAAGCCUCAAUCUGACAGCUGAAUACAUGUUUUAAGAGAGUAAAAGUCUGAUGUUACACUACCCAAUUUUUAAACAUUCCUUGCAUAUUGUCACUUGGGGAAGAGUCAUGCAUCUUUUGUACACCCAUCAGCCAGAAAAAAAGUUUUAAUUGCACAAGGAACUGAGGACUGGCCCUGCUAAGAUGAUACUUCUCUUCUCCAGUUGAACAAUUGUUAGUCAGUCUUGGAUGAAAGAGAGGUCAGCCUUAGCAGUAUGUAAAGAGGGCAGAAUACACGGUUAUUGUACAGGCUGGUAUUACCUUGCAAGAUGUACUUGGAUUGUAUCAGAGGGAGGAAAGAUUUAGGGGGAAAGGUAACAACUACGUAAUGAUUGUAACUCAAAGGACUUAGAAUGAGUACAGUGGGAGAUCUGCAGGACUGGAAAGUCCUCUGAAAGAAACCAAUGUGUUUGAUACAGGAAAGAAGAAAAUUAUGAAUGCAAGUAUUAUAAUUUCAUUAUGCUGCUUGUAUGCUAGUAUCCUUUUUAGAACAUUAAGAUAUAAAGUCAGAGGUUUUGAGUUAUAAAGGUAAUGGUUACAAUCACGAACACUUUCCAGUCUAACUAAAGAAUGUAUAAGUACCAAAUGAAUGGCUUGAAAUUGCCUUCCAAUUUAGUGCUGCUGCCAGAAAGGGAAUUAAAGUAGUUGAAACUAUUGUCAUUCUUGACCAUAGAGACCUCAGAAAAUCACUUGUCUCUUGUGCUUGAGGCCAACCCAUGAAGAGUAAAGGUAUAACCCUCUCUGGAAACUGUAUUUUUAAAAUAAAGUGAACCAUUCUAGCAGGCCAUCUGAGGAGAAGUGUUAGCAAUACUGAAGAAGAACUGCAUUUUUUAAUUGGCUCUGAAGAAUAAUUGCAUGACUUUAGAGAUGUGCUUCCUUGUACUUCUAUCCAAACAUUUGGUGCCUAGAUAUAUACAGAUACCUUAGACCACAGAUUCUUAGAUCAUGGUCCACAAAACACCUGUUGAUGUUUUAUGGAAGCUUGGCCGAUCACAAGGUGCUGGUUUCUUCUUUUGAUUUCCAGCUACAAAACUGAAUUAAAAGUUAAAUGCUAAUUACAAGUUAAUGGUUAAAAGUUCUAAAAGCAAAAAAAAAAAAAAAAGCUGCCGUGUUUACAAAAGGACUAUGUUGUGAUCAAAGCUGGGAGAAGAAGAAUUCUUAAGAGUGUAAAUAGGAAGGUCAAUCCAUGAUUCAGAUUGGAUGAUAGUGGAGUUCAUCUGGGAGUAUUUCCUUUAGAGAGAGAGAGAGCAAGACUAAACUGAAAGAGAUCAUAGCUGCAGGUAUGAAUUCUGUAGGGGAAAGGGGGCAGCCUUGGUACUCUGCUUAAUAGAUCAAUUAUUAGGUGAGAGAAGAGAAAAAAGACAUAGACAGAGACCAUACUGGAAAUGUCAGGUCCUAAGGGAAAUAAGAGCACUAUGCUCAGGAUUAGUAAUGUGGCCAUAACAUUUUUCUUUGAUUGGAGAUCCGUAUCAGGGCUGAACCAAAAAAGGACUUUGGUGCAUAAAGUUAGGACAUCAGCAGAAUUUAAUGUAGACAUUCAAAACUCAAUUAUAAAAUCCCCCACUCACCUGCCACCUCACUUUGGCAUCUAAUAUUACAUCUUUGCAUAUGCUCAGAACUUCCCUGACCUUGACACAUGUAAAGAUCUUUGCAUCAACUCAUGCUAAAGCCCAUCAGGGAUCCAGAAAUAGAGGUUCCUAGGUUUAAACACUUUUAUAUCCCAUGAGUGAAUAUAUGGAGCAUACAGAACAUUGACAGUCAUCCUCCCUACAGAAUGGAGAAGAAAUCAUCCUUUGUUUUAAGACUAUGGUUCUAGUUAUACUGCUGCAGUUUUGUUUUGGUUUUUUUUUAGUAGCUUAGAGGUUAGAGCAUGCAUGCAGCAAGUAAGCAAUCUAAAUUCAUACCCUGCCAUUGCCAGAGGUAGUGGAAAUCUUCCUCCUGGCAGGAAAGUGCUCUAACGACUAUGUGUUGAUGCACCCUCUGUUCAUCUCACUUAGGUAACUUCACAACAUAGAAACACAGUCAAGAGUCCCAGGUGAAAAGAGGACGGUUACUCAGCACUCUGAUAGGAAAUACAUGUGGUACAGUGAGAUAUGAUAUAUGAACAUUUAAUAUAAAAUACUUAAAAAAUUCCUGAGAGCAGGGACCAGGUGAGCAUUUUAUCUCCAAAGAAGUGGAGUUACAAUUUCUUCUGUGCUAUUUAUUGGCUCAAAAAAAUUCAAAUACUUUCCUUAAAAGUGCUUUAAUGACAAGAGGAGAGGACGUGCUCCUCGUUACCUCUGUGUCUGUAAUCACCUUGUCUUCCACCUGUAGUUCUGACCAGUCUCCUUGGGAAAGGAGAGUCUGAGUCUUUUUGGGCAGAUGAAGGAACUAAACUUGGUUUCCCAAUUCUUUUCUGAGAUCACUGCUAAACUACUGUAGAAAAAAAGGGACCUACUUCUUUUUCCUCCAGCCACCUUUUACAAAGGUAGCCAGUCUUUGAAACAAGAAUUGUAGCCAUCUGCAGGAACGGGUCCAAGGCUCUGUAUUUUCUGUAUAUUGCAUUUCCAUACUGGCUUGAGUAGACUAACAUCAGACAUCCUUUUCCUUAUUGCAUUGCCUUCCUUCUUCUCAUAAACUUCACAAUAACAUUUAAUGAAGUAUUCUGGCCUCAACAUUAGAGCUAGAUAGUAUAAAAAGUUAGAUAUUGCAUGGCAUAACUGUAAGGUGCUGAAGUCUUUUACUGGUACUGGCCCUCAACCUAUUGAGCGCAAUGAAAUCCCUCCAGAUUUAUGUCCAUGUAAAGAAAAUCCAAGUCCAAUGGUGGCCAUGCUCAUCUAGAUUUUGGCUACUUGCCUCAGCAGGGAAUGAUGGAAGACAAGAUGUUUCUUCCACUUUCUUUAAAGUCAAAAAACAUAUGCAUUUUAUUAGGCUCAUUCUUGAACCAACUUUCUAAGCUUGGUGGAUAGUGCCGUCCUGCCAUAUUUUUAUAUGAGUGCUACUCUAGCAGAUAUCCCAAUGGGAAAAAUAGUACUUUAACUGAAUGUGUCCAGGCAUGUGAGAUAACAUAUCCAAAAAUAAGAAACAGGUCACAGUUGUCCUGCAGUUUUAUGAAUCUCAUAAAAGGAAGUCAAUGCUCCCCAUGAGCAAGAAAAUCAUUCAUCUGCUACCCAUCUCAGUGUGUACUGCACGUAUUAAAGACUUUGGUUGAAUUAUCUGAAUUCUCUUAUUUUGCUGUAGUUUAGUAUUAUUCCCUCUGUUCAAAUCUCUGAAAUUACCACUUACAAUUUUAUACUGUGAAAAGAAAAAAGAUACAGGUCAGUGAAGCAUAAAGGUAAGUAAAAAAUUCAUCUAGGUGAUGAAUUGGUGUAUGUGGCUGGUUUUGUCUCAUCUGAAUAAUGACAGUACAAACACUUAAACAAUAAUCACUAAGUCAUUCUGAUCUGCCAAAUGGGAACAAAUAUACUAUGUAUAUUAUAUGUACUAAUAGGAUUAUAUGGCAGCUGCUGGUGGUAUUUGUAAUUAGAAAUCUAUAUAGGAUAUAGAUGUUUUAGAGAGACGGUGCCAAUUCUAAAAGAUUUGUGUGGGCUACAAGUGCUUGUAAUUAUUUUUUUUAAUUUGCUAAUAACUUAUGGAAAAACUGGUUUCAAACAUUCUGUGAGCGUUUGUUCUUUUUUAUGUUGUUGCUGCUUAUACUAUUAAAACAAUAGAGAAUGUAAAGUUAUUAUUUUGAUGUGAACUGAAAAUGAUUUUUCAUAAAAUUUAACAUUUUUAUCAGCUUUGGUUUUGCUUUCUACCUGUACAAAUGUAAUUUAUUUUAGCAUUGAAAAAUACAUUUGCUUGUUUCUCGAUUGUCUACAUCAUGUUAUAGUUGGUGUUUAUGUAGAGUCAGGUACUUUUUGAACAGUAUUAAAAAAAAAAAUCUGUGAUAUGACCUAAAUCUUGAUUGUUAUUU